GCCCCGCCGCCGGCCCGUAGGACCCGGUCCGCGUCCCUCUCGGUCGCUAAGCAACCGCCACCGGCUCCACAGGAGAAAGCCAACCGGCCUGGAGCCAUGGACCUGGUUGUCACGGAGGAGCUGGCCCGCGCCGAGAGCCAGCAGGAUGCUGCCUCCCUGAAGAGGGCCUAUGAACUGAUCAAGUCUGCCAACCUGGGGAAGUCGGAGUUUGACCCCACAGAAAGCUUCAGCCCGGACCUGUUUGUUCUGUGUGCCGAGCAGGCCCUGAAGAUGGGGCAACCAGCGGUGAGCGAGGACUGCAUCCAGAUGUACUUCAAGGUGAAGGGGCCGGUCACCCAGUUUCUGGGCCGAGCGCACCUGUGCAGGGCCCAGCUGUGUGCCCCCAAGUCCACCGAAAACUUGGAGGAAUUUGAAAAUUGUGUGACUCAGUAUAUGAAGGCCAUCAACUUUGCCAAAGGAGAACCGAGGUAUUACUUCUUGGUGUACAAUGCUUCAGUCCUCUACUGGCAGAUGGUGAGGCCAUUUCUCAAGCCUGGAUAUCAUCACCACCUGAUCCCCAGCCUCUCCCAAAUUGUGACUGUGCUGAAUCAGACGGAGGAAGAAGACAAGGACUGGCGGGCGGAGCUGAUGCUGGAGCUUCUGGAGUGUUAUCUUCAGGCUGGAAAAAAGGAGGAGGCCGCUAAGUUUUGCGCCACUGCAGCACCGUUCAUAAAAGCUAACGUGCCACAGAAAUAUCGACAAAUAUUUUCUGUUAUGGUGCAGCAUGAAUUAAUGGACGAGCUUCAGUUAAAGGAAGAAAAGAAAACUUCCAUUAGCCUGUCUGUCACUUUCCACAUUAAUAUGCUGAAAGCAAAACUGGAUAAAAAUGAUUUACCUGAAGACGUCAACAAAAUUCUGAAGGAGACCUAUGACCAUUUAGGUUCUUACGGUCACCAGCAGCUCCCUUCAAUCAGAGACGAAAAAAUUCUUUUGCUGUUUGAAUUGGCACAUCUUUCUUUGAUCUUGAAAUGCGAGGAGGUCUCCUCUGACUGCCUCUCAGACUUGAAGAAAAUUGACAGCAAAGAUCCUGGGAAGCUGAUUGAAAUCGAAUGCCUGGAGUGUGAAUUAGAAGCUUUAAGACUUGAAAAUAAAAUUAAACUCUACGUCCGAGCAGCUGUGGAGACCCAGCUGAAUAUAAUACAGAGACUUGACAUCGUGCUCCAGCGAGCCAUCCGCCUGGGUGACCCCCAGGUCAUCCAAGUGGUUUGUACCACCCAGUGGAACAUGUGUCUCCCUUUGCUGCAGCACAACCUGAGGCACCACCUGCGGAAGCCGCUGACCAGCAUUGUGGAGAUCUUGGAGAAGGUGGACAGCCUCAUGGUCCUGCUCCGCUGCCAAGCACACAUGGAGAUGGCCUGCAUCGAGGAGGAUGAGGACCGGCUGGAGCCUGCCAUGGAGCACCUGCAGAAGGCCAUGCGCCUGGACAGCCUGGGCCUCUACCAGGACAAUCUUUGGAUCGCCUUCAACCGGCUGCACCUGUGCACCAUGCUGUACCAGUCCCCCGAGCGCCCCGAGGAUAAAGCCACCAUGGCCAUUGAGCAGGCAAAAAAAGCUAUCCCGAAAGACAGUGUCAGGAAGAAGCGGGCUCUCCUGGUGAACGCGGGCCUGGCCCUUGCCCCUGACGCUUUCCAAAUUGUUCUCGACAGUGAGAAUGAGGCCAAGGUUUCCACAGGGAAGAACAGGGGCCGGUUCACCUACCUCUCCUCGAAGGCGCGGCACCACAUUGUCAGCGUGGACAAGGCCACCGGGCACCUGCGGCGUUUGGGGAAUGAGAACGACAAGGAGCGAAUUCAGAUUUGGGCUGAGCUUGCCAAAGUUGCCCGGAAGCAAGGCGUGUGGGACGUUUGCCGGGCAGCGAGCCGCUUCUGCCUCCUGUACGACAAAGUCAAGGUGAAGAAGCCGGUGAAGUGGAAAAGAGGAAAGAAGAAGAAAGGUGGAGACAGCUCGGUGCAGGAUACCUGGGGCCCGUCAGAGGCUGUCCUGCAGAGGCAGGCGUCCCCCAGCCUGCUGCGCAAGUUCGCGGAGGUGGGCUUCAUCUGCGCUGAGGCCACUGUCCACUUGCUGCGCUCAGAAGGCGUAGAGCUAAAUGACUGUCCCAGCCCCCCUGAGGACUUGAGCCAGCACGCGGCCGGCUACACACUCGAGUCCACAGAGGACAACGCAGAGUGGAUCAUGUACCGGAACUGGAUAGAGAGUCUGUCGCAGUACGCCAUGAGCAACUGGCUGCGGUCUGCCGAGAUUGGACAAGAGAUACGGGAGGCCUGGAUCGUGCAGAAUGCGGUGGUCUAUGUCCUGAAUCACAACCACCAUCUCAUCAUGGCCGGGCGACAGAAAGAGCUUGUGGAUGCCCUGUAUCACCUCCUGAGCAUCGUCAAGGCCAUGGGCCAUGGCGGGGACUCUGUGACGUUGGUGAUGCUGUGCAAUGCUUUGGCUCGAGGCUUGAUUAUCAACUGGAUUCCAACCCAGACUCCAGAAAAAUCUAGGAAACUUGUGCGACCAAACGUGUUUCAUGCACCACUGGACUCGGGAGCCAGCUCUGAAGUGAGAACCGCAGUGGAGGUCUGCGAGUUUGCACUGAAUCUGACCAACGGGUCGGUGCCCGAGGAGGCGGUGCCUGUCAACGCCCGGCAGCAGCUCAUCGCCACCUGGGUGAAGGGCAAGCAGCUGCUGCAGCAGCAGAUCGGGCCGCGGCUGGGCACAGACGAGCAGAGUACUAAUGAGGACAUCAACUCAGUGACCAGAGUCCUUGUUGCUCUGGAGAUGUAUUCCUGCAACGGGCUGGGCCUCAUGGACUUCACCGUGCCCCCCUUGGCCCAGGUGGUGAAGAUGGCUUGCGAGUGCAGCUGGUCGGAUCCCCUGGUGGAGCUGCAGACCCUGACGCGCCUGACCCACUUCGCCUUCGCGGCCCAUGACCACGAGAUCACCAUGGCGUGUUCGCAGAAGGCCAUCCAGAUGGGCAUUAAGUGCCUGAGGAUGUCCAAUCCGGUGGAAGCUCAGCUGAUGGCUGAAAUGCUGAGCACCACAGCCUGUACGCAGGGCAGGAGCAUCCUGGAGAACCUGAGGGGGAGGAAGCAGCUACGCCUGCCGGCCGCCAAGGCCUUCCUGGAGAGCGCGAGGUUUGGGGGCAUGGCGGGGAGCAGUGCCCUGGUGAUGCUGGCCGCCCGGCACUACUGGAACACCUGGCUCCCGCUGCUGUCCUCUGCGGGCAACAGGAAGAAAUGCAAGGGUGCCUUACAGAGGAUCAUCAGCAUCAUCAACAAGACAGAAGCGAAAAAGCAGGAAAAAGGGAAAACGCUCCUUCUGCACCAGUGGCCUACAGCGGACUUACAGAGUGGAGGGACUACUGAAGGUUAUUUUCUCCCAGGGACCGAGGAUGACCUGACUCUGCGCGCGGCGCUCUAUGGCCUGCUCUUCCACUGCCACGCUGACCACGCUGACUGGGAGGGAGGCCUCAAGGUGCUGGACGAGGCUCUGCAGGUGCUGCCGCGGACGGCGCACCGCCUCUUGAUUUUUAAGCAUAUGGUCAUUGUGAAGGCCAAACUUGGCCAGAAUUUUACAAUGGAGAUACAGAAAUUCAAAGACGAAAGUGAAGAUUAUUUGUCACACAUGUGGCACCGCCUGGCCUUGAACUCGAAGACCAUCUGUGGAGAGCUGACCUGCUAUCAUAAUGCAAUUCAGGCCUUACAGAAGCCAGAAAGUGACUGGCAGAAAAUUGACUAUAUCAUGGAAUUCAGCGAAUGGCUGUAUUACAAGCAGUUUCCUAUUGAAGACGUGAUCUUCCACCUGAGGUCGGCAAUCGACAUGCUGCUGCUGAUGAAACCUGCCAGGGACACACCUGAGCCAGCAGAGGAACAUAGGUCCCCCCAGGCAACCUCAGAGAGCCCAGGCUCCGAGGACAGGGGGACAUUCUCCUUGGAAAGCCUGCGAAGUGUGCGGCAGUUAGAAACGCUGGCCCGUGCACACAUCCUGCUGGCCCUGAUGGUGUCCCCGAGUGCUGCCGGCUACCAGGACUACUGCCUCAUGGCCUACACCUUCCUCAGGCGCAUCUGGCAGGUUUCUUUACUGACAGCGGGAAAGUCAAUUUUAGAAAAUAAAAUUCUAGCAGCAGCUAGUUCACGUUUGUCGUUGCCUAAAAAAGAGAAGGAGAAGGAGAAGAGCAAGGACAAGGACAGAGAGAAGGGCAGAGACCCAAAGCAGUAUCAAAUCCCAAGUCCUAGCAAACUGCCUGAAGCUUUGCCGGCAAGCAUAGAAGAAUGGGCUUCCUACUCCUGCCCUGAAGAAGUGGUGUCUGUGUUUAAACAAGAUAAAAGUGACUUUACUAUUAACCCAUCGAGUAUCCAGAAGCCAACAUACAGUUUAUAUUAUCUGGACCACUUGGUCAGGGCCCUGCAGAAGAUGUCCCUUGAUGAGCUCACGAUCCCGGUCCUGCAGAUGGGUGUAGUGAUUGCAGCCUCCGUGGUAGAAAGCAAGAGCCUCAAAGAUCUCUACCACCUUCGACUUGCCCUGGUCUGUUCCGAGUUGAAGCUGCGAGAAGCAGCUGCCUACCAUGAGGAAGUGGUCGGGCAGAUGUACCUUGGAGAGAUGGAGCAGGCGAGGAGUCCAGCUGGAGUGGCGAAGGUGAGGGAGGUGGCAAUUGAAGACACACCACGAGGACAGACAAUGGGAAGCUGGAGCUGUGUGGGCCCCUUGGGGUUGGCGCCAGCGCACAGAGGAAAGUUGCCUUUCCAGGCAGGCUGCAGAAAAGAAAUUGCCUUGAAGAAGGAGAAAGACAAGGAACCACUAUUAGAAGAGAGUCUGCGAGCACUGAAUGAGGCCAUAACUGCAGUCCAGCAAGCAGAGAUGCAGCCCCUCAUGGCGAGGGAUAAGAUUUUGAAGAUAAACGAAGAGACGGGGAGAGGCCUGGAUGGAACAUCCUUUCCCCAGUUGUGGACCCUCAAAGCGGAGGUUCUACUUGAGAUGGACCUGUACCAGCCUGCAAGGCUGCUCCUGUCGGAGGCGUACCUGGCCUUCCAGGAGCUUGAGGAUCCUUGUGCAGAAUCAAACUGCCUGUAUCUUCUAGCACAGCUGGCAAACAAGGAGAGAAACUAUGGCCAAGCUAAGAAGCUGAUAGAGAGGGCUCAGCUCCUGGGGGGAGGUGAGGAGUUUUGGUACAAGUCGACGCUGACCCUGGCAGAUGCGCUCUUGAGCACGGAAAAGGAAGGAAGAGAAGUGGCGGUCUGCCACCUGUUUCAAAAACUCAUAGAUGCCUUCAAGGUUCUCAAGAAAGAAAGGCCUAACCGAUCGUCUGUGUUGGAAUUCAUGGCCGCAGACCUGGAAGCCAGGUCUGUGAGCCUCCGCAUCCAAGUCGCCCAGGAGCCAAUUGAGGGCGAACCUUCUGAUCGCGCGUUUCUGCUGAACCAGAUGGAUGACUACUUGUUGGAGAUUGAGAACAGGUUCAUCAGCUGUGGCUACCAAGAGCACUGUGUGGAUAUAAAGCUGGAGCGUGCAAAGAUAAAGAGGUUGUGCGCCCAAGACGAGAAAGACGAAGAGCAGAAAACUGUGUGCUACUUGGCCGCGUACCACUUGGCCCAGAGAGCCGUGGCGGAAGAAGAGCAGCGAUUCCACAGUGUUCAGGGCUUGCUGUCCCUUCAAGACCUGCAGAACGUCAACACUCCACUGAUGAGGAAGCUGGCGCGCCUCAAACUCAGCCUCGUGGAGAUGUCUCUGGACAUGCUGCAGCUGAGCUGGGAGGACGCGCUGGAGAAGCAGCUGGAGCAGGGCUCCAUGGACAAGCUGCUGGCGGACUAUCUGCAGAGCACGAGCGACUACACGUCCAUCGGCUUGCAAUGGUUCACGCUGAAGCGAACCCUGGCCCACGUUGCACUGGCGCAGCUGGGGAGCCUGCCAUCACUGUGUGUCGGCUGCGUGGAGAUCCGUGCCCGGGUCCUGGGCCUGGCCGGGAAGGCCCUCCGCCUGCUGGCUGUGCACGCAGACCCUGUGCGCCCUGCCUCCUACUGGGAGGAGAGUCUCUCAGCAGGUGCUGAGCCGAGCAGCCUCAAGGGUCUGGAGAUACUCCAGGAGGAGGGGGACGACGAGGAGCACAACAGCGACCUGCCGGCCUUCAGGACAGCCCCCGAGGAGCACAGCAGGAAAGGCUCAGAUCUGAAGAGGAGGAUGGCGCUGGCCCGGCGGUACCUGGCGCAGGCGUCUGAGGUGCUGCUGCAGUGCCUGCAGCUCUCCCUGGGCAGCAGCCUCCUGGACGUCGCAGCAGCCGCCAGCCUGGAGAUGGUGGAGUGCGUCGGCAGUCGGGACCCAGCGGCCGCCUGCCAGUUCCUGGUGUUGUCACAGAGCUGCUCGGCCUCGGUGAUGAUGCGGGAUGUCCUGCUCACGGCCACGGCCGACACCAGCAGCUCCCAGCUGGCGGCCCUGCUGCAGCUCGAGCACAGGCUGAAGCUCCAGGAGAGGACGUCCACCAGCCUGUUCACCAGUGUGGAGCAGAGGCUGGCUGCCAUCUCCAAGGCUUGGCAAAAUCUCUGCGUCACUGAGCAACACUUUAACCUCCUGAAUGAAAUUCCUCCUACUUUUCGGAUCCUCCUCCUACACCAUUCACAAGACGGGACCCAUCUGUACGGCGCUGCCUACGAGAGACCCAGGUUCAUCCCCGCAGCCAAAGGGAAGGUGGUCCAGGUCGGGGGCUCCUGCAAAGUGGCUCGGGUGGCUGUGAGUCCGGCCGCCUUUUCCUGCCUCUUGGCAGGGGCCCAGCAGUUCUGGGAGCAGACCCAGGCCGAAGUGUACAGUGAGGACAUGGCCCUGAGCUCAGGCUUGGAAACGGAAAGCGCACACCUUGAAGGGGAGGGAAGCUCUGUGCAGAGACUCAGCGACGACGUUCUGAAGCCCAUGGAGGAUUAUCUGAGGCCGCUCUUCCCGCUGCUCAGCUGCCCUGAAGCCGGAAUACAGGCCCCCACGAUUGUCGCGGAUUUGGGGAAAUCAAAGAGCAAAGACAAGGAGAGGAAGCCGUCCCUGCCCCAGGUUCAUCUCGAGGCUGCAGACAACAUCAUCCUCAUUGUGGACAGGCAUCUUUUGGAGCUGCCGCUAGAAGGUCUCUCUGUGUUCAGGGAAGGGACGGUCUCCUCUGUGUCACGAGAGUUUUCUCUCCAAAUGCUGUGGAAUCGCCUCCGUAAAGAGGAGACAGAAGGGAACAUGAAAAAGAAGGAUGGCAAAGGCAAAGAGCUAAAGAAGAGAAGUCCAGGAAAGAAGGGCUGGAAGGGCAGCGCGCCCCGCGUCAUCCCCACUGACUGCAUCUUAGUCGCCACAGACGACUUCAAGUUCAUCGUGGACCCCUAUGAGGAGGCCCAGGGCAUAGAGACGCUGACUCCUGUCUCCGUAACCCGGGAAAUUUUGGAAAGAUACCAAGACAUGUUCACUGCAAGAUGGGUGGGACAUCUGGGCAGCACACACUUUCCAAGCCAGGCUGAGUGGGAGCAGCUCCUGGACAGCUGCAGCGGCUUUUUCUUCUAUGGGAUGGAGAGCAUGCUGUCACACGUGUUAGUGGAAAGGCUGGCGGCCAUGAACUUACAAGAGUGCCAGAUGAUGGUCGUGCUGGACCUGACUCGGUCCUACGAGAGCAUGCGGCGGCAGCUGGAGGUCUCGGAGAACAAGAGUGCACCCCAGCUGUCCUUGGAGGGGCCUCUCAAGACUGCCAUCCUUCUGAGUCUGGUGGGGGUCAGGAGCAUCUUGGCGAACCAGUGGCCGACACUCCUGCAGGACAACGCGCUGCGUGCCAGCAUCUUGUGGGAAAAUCUGUUGACACUUGGCAAGCCGGUCGGGAGAGCAGUCCGUCUCCUUCAGAAGAUGGAAGCCAGCGAAGUGGCCAACCACGGAAAUUUGGAAAAUAAGAAAAAUUGAAGGAGAAAAAAGCAGCCCACACCAAAAGUCCACGUUUGGUGGGUUUCUGGUUUUCCUCUGCUUCGUUCUUCCACAGCGAGCUCCGCUGUGUUUCCCCUUAACGCGGGAGAGGACUUCCCACUUCUGGAUUUUAGGUCAGAAUCCUUGUUGAAAGCUUCCCUGCCCUCAGCCAGGCCCCUUGCAAACAUGGAGGACCCAGUGCCCCAGGACUGGGGGUCCCCCAGGCGUGGAGGGUGGGCCUCCCCGGCUGGGGUGAGGCAGUCUGGGGGGACCCUCGUCAUGGGGGGGACCUGAGGAUGAGGGCACUCAGGGCACUGGGUACACCUGGUGCCCCUGCCACCCAGGCCAGGUAAUGUGGGCUCUGGAACCCGCAGCCGGGGUCAGGACCCCGCCUGCCAGAGCCCACUCGGGGUCACACUCAGGUGACCUGUGAGGUGGGUGGCCCCAGCUCCAGGCUCUGUGCCAACACUUUACGUUCAUUCCUCAUCUCAUCUCCACAGAAUAGCAUCCCCUGGGCACCAAGGUCACCCUCCAUGUGGUGGCCACCUCAUGCCUGCCCUUCCCAGUCCCCAGCUGCCUGUAGCGUGGGAGAGCCUGGCCUCUGUCCGCCAUGGCCUGCUGCCCCUACCUCCUGGCACAGGCACUCUGGGCUCCUGGCCCCCCCCAGGAAUCCCAGUGGAUGUCCCGUGCCCGCUGGGAGGGCGCAGCUGCUCCUCCCGGGAGGCUAGUCUGUGGUUCCGCGGGCUCCCCGUCUCCCUGGGCCUCGGACGCGGGGCCUGCCCUCCUCGCCAGGCAGUUAACUCACGAGCACAGUGAAAACAGGCCUUCCAGACUGAUUUGGAUGAAGAAAUUAGGUGGGUUAAUAAAAGUAAAAUGUUCACAGACGCUUGUGUAUAAAUUUCUAUUAAGUUCCCUCAGCCAACACUGGUGUCUUAAUAGUUUAAUUUCUGUGUUAAAUAAUUAAAACUCUAUUUUCAAUUGCUGUGAACAAUUGUUUUCCUUAAUGAUCUUCCUAGAGGAGCCAGUAAUUUUAUAUCUUGUAAAAAUGAUUAACUGGCAUCAUUAUCCCAUAUCUCUGAAAUAUAACCCAGCAACUUCAAGAAAGGCCAUUUGUAUUCAAUUAAUGCUCCCUUGCAUUAGGACAUACAAUAUUACUUCACGCCAGGCAUAACCCUGCUGUCCUCUCAUUUUAUUAUGACGAUGAUGAAGAUAGAAACAACCAGUUUAAUUAUCCCAUUUCCAACAGAGAAAUCAAUUUUCAAUACGUCUUCACCCUGAAAAAAGAAGGUGGCCGCAUGGUUCCUGGGAAGGGCAGGCCGGGCGGAGCCCUGGGCACAGCGGCUGCUGCAAACCGUCCCCCAGCCUCAGGGCCGAGGCCGGAGCGGCAGGGACAAGCCCCAGGCCUCCUCCCCUGUGACCGCGGGUCUGGCCUGAGGAUCUCAGCCCGGACUCUGGGUGCCUUCCCGGGUGCCCGCCCUUCUGCAUAGAGUGUCUCCGUGGGGAAGCGACCCGUGGGGACCUGGAGACUCUCAGAGGAGUCUUGGCCCCCAGGGGCUGCCUGCUCCCCGCCAGCAUCACUCUGGUCCCCAGAGACCCCCCUCCCACCGUCCAGGCCCCCCAGCAUCGGGGUUCCCUCGGGACGGCCCUGCUCACUGGUCUGACACUGACCUCUGCACGGCCCCAUCCCUCACCCCUGUGCCUCCCAGAGCUGGGCCCACGACAGAAGCGGGGGGCAGGGGGUAGGGAUUUAUGGCGGGGUGCAGCGGCUCCCUUUGUCAGGGUGAUUCAGGACGCGCCCUGCCUCGCCGCUCAAUCACACUGGCGCUGUUGGCCAAUAUAAUCUAAUUGUUUGACAUUUUUAUCACGAUUCAUUGAGACCAGAGGGAGACGACUAGAUUAAUACCCCCAUGCGGUUGGCUAAUGGCUGGGAUGGAGCUGAUGGGCCAAAUUACAGGGGAGCUCUUAAAUUUUCUUAUUAUAGAUUUUAAUUCUUUGUGACAAGAGACGAGAGAUGGCGUGAAGAUAAUAAGGUGCAGGCGGAUGUCCUCUGCCCGGAGCCCCGAGAUCAGGGCCCCCACGCCCCUCUUCCCCUCCCCUUCUCCUGGGCACCUGCUCCAAGCCAGCUCUGGGCUGGGGGCACAGAGGGACUAGGGUACUUGAACCCAUCAAGCCAGAUUGAGACAAGGGACCAUCCUGCCCAAGCCUGGAACCCCGGGAAACAUCCUCUUUUUUUUUUUUUUAAAGAUUUUAUUUUUUCCUUUU